CUCUCUCUCUCUGUCUCUCCUUCUUGGUAAUGGCCGAGCGAUCCUUGUGUCAUAGUUGAGAGGUUCUCACUUCUCGGCAUUGGAAAUUUCAGAUUGCUUUUUCUUCUUUUAAAACGAUAGAAAGCAAAUGGGUGGGUGUGAUUAGAAUAUGUCCAAUGAUUUAUCGUCCUCUUCCUAGAGCAGCCAGCAGUGCGAGGAGAAGAUGAAAUCCAUGAAUAGCAGCUGGUUGGGGUUCUCUCUCUCCACUCACAUGAACAUGGAGGUGUCUUCGGAGCCACAUCAUCAUCAAAAUCAUGAGAGCCAUCAUCACCAAACUCAACCACCCACGGCUGGUGUUUCCUCUGCAGCCCCAUGCAGCCUCUUUCUAUCUCCUCAGCUGAGCAGCACUGGGAUCUGCUAUGGAGGGGAAGGAGAGAACGGCGGAGGACUGUAUUCUCAGUUGUCGGUCAUGCCACUGAAAUCUGAUGGGUCUCUGUGUAUCAUGGAAGCCCUCAGCAGAUCGCAGCAGCAAGGAAUAGUGGCAUCUCCGCCCCCGAAACUGGAAGAUUUCUUAGGUGGCGGACCAAAUAUGGGGUCCCAUGGCCACUGUGGGAACUAUGACAGGGAAGCAAUGGCGUUGAGCUUGGACAGCAUGUACUACUACCAGAACUCGGAGACUGAAGGCGAUGCAACCCAUUCCCUCGACGCUCUCCAUGGACAGCAGAUGCAAGUGCAACGGCAACAUCAGCACCAACUGUUCUUGCAUCCAUUGCAGGAAGGUAUGUGCUCUGGCCUAGCAGCAAGCCAUGAAAUGUAUCAGGUACCAAUGGAGGUGGGAGCGAUGGUGGAAGAUGGCAUUCCAAGUCUGAAAAAUUGGGUGGCCAGGAACUAUACUGCUUGCAACAUCGGAUUGGGUGAGGAAGGGGGCAUCGGCCCCGGCUCCAUUGAGGCUGUUGGGUUUGGGGAGUUGCGAUCCUUGAGCUUGUCCAUGAGCCCUGGGUCUCAGUCUAGUUGUGUCACAGCUCCUGCACAGAUUUCUUCCACCACCGAGCGCAUGGCCUUCGAUACAACGAAAAAGAUGCGGUCCGGGAAAGAAUGCCAGAAGCAGCCAGUUCACAGGAAGUCCAUUGAUACAUUCGGACAGCGAACAUCUCAGUAUAGAGGUGUUACUAGGCAUAGGUGGACUGGUAGAUAUGAAGCACAUCUUUGGGACAACAGCUGCAAGAAAGAAGGCCAGACGAGAAAAGGGAGGCAAGUCUAUCUAGGGGGGUAUGAUACGGAGGAGAAAGCUGCAAGAGCCUAUGACUUGGCUGCGUUGAAGUACUGGGGACCAUCGACACAUAUUAACUUCCCGUUGGAGAGUUAUCAAGACGAGGUCGAAGAGAUGAAGAACAUGAGCAGGCAGGAGUAUGUUGCCCACUUGAGAAGAAAAAGCAGUGGGUUUUCACGAGGGGCGUCGAUAUACCGAGGGGUAACGAGGCAUCACCAACACGGAAGAUGGCAAGCUCGAAUUGGCAGGGUUGCAGGAAACAAAGAUCUUUAUCUCGGAACCUUCAGUACUCAGGAGGAGGCAGCUGAAGCCUAUGACAUUGCGGCGAUCAAAUUUCGCGGGGUGAAUGCUGUCACUAACUUCGAUAUAACAAGAUACGACGUAGAGAAGAUCAUAGCGAGUAGUACAUUGCUCCCAGGAGAACUCGCCAGGAAGAACAAGGCGAUCGAAGCAGGGAAAGAUGCCUCAUCAGGGAGAAACCCCGGUAGAGAUCCAGCCGAAGAGGACAACGGUGCUGGUGCUGGUGCUGGAUGGAAGAUAGUCCUCUAUCAAUCCACGCAGCAGCACACACCGCCAUCCUCUGAGCCUCGUAAUCAUGAGCCGAUGAUGAUCGGUGGUGAUUACCGGAGCCCCAUGACGUACUCGGCAGCACAUCAUGGCCUGAUGGGAGUAGAAGCAGGGACCUCGGUGCACGGCGUUGAUGAUUCUGAGAAGCUGAGCAAUGCCCAUCUAUCGAACCAAUCGUCGCUGGUGACGAGCUUGGGCAGUUCCAGAGAAGGGAGUCCCGACCGGACUGGUCUCUCCAUGAUGUAUGUCAAUGCCUCGCCCAAGUUCAAUCCGACACCGUUGGUCUCAUCGAUGCCAAACAUGCAGCUGAGGCCAAGUGCUUCCAUAACUCAAAUGCCUGUUUUUGAUGCAUGGAAUGAUGUUUAAGACUGCCAUGACGACAAAGCGCGCGAGUCACAGCAGAGAGAAGAAAGCAAAGUUGUUGUGGUAGUGGCUAAAGUGAGGAGAUUCUCUUUUCUUCUUUCAGAUGUUUGGGAGGGAGAUUGGCGAUUCAUGAUCUAUGUGGGAUCAAUCUCGCCUCACAUGUCGUUGGUUUCUUUUGUGUUCUGUUCUAACUUUGGGGUCAGCUGGGUGGAGGAUUUUGCAGGGAAAAGAGGGGGAGGUUUUCAAGGACAAACAUGUCACUGUGUGAGAUGAUGUUUUGUUACUCUAUUUUUGGUCUUGCCAAGUACAUCAUGAAAAGCAGUUCCCAAUGCAGGUUAAUCUUUUGACCAC